CCGACUUUCAGCUCUUUUGUUUCUAUAGUGUACAUAAGCGUAUUUCCCGCCUCGAUCGUAGUUCCAGUGUUUAUUUUCGGCGGGAGAAUUGCGAGUUGUCUGUAACGCAGUAAAACUCCAGGAAACAAGUGAAAUCUGUGUGACACUGUUGUAAAGAUGUUUAUUAAAGAGGAGAGUGAAGAUAUGGCUUAUCCAGAAGCAUGUAGAAUUAAAACCGAACACACUGACGAACAAACAGACUUGAUGGAAAUAAAAAAAGAAAGUCAAGAACCAAUAGAAGUGAAAGAGGAAAGUCAAGAACUGAAUGAAGUGAAGGAGGAACACCAGAAUCAGAAUCCUCAUUUCAUAACUGAAGAAAAAUCUUUUAGUUGCUCACAGACUGAGAAGAAUUCCUCACAAAUCAAAACUCAAGCCAAAAAUCCUUUCACAUGCCAUCAGUGUGGAAAUAGUUUUACACGAAAAGGAAGUCUUAAGAGACACAUAAGAAUUCACACCGGAGAGAAACAUUUCAUGUGCCCUCAGUGUGGAAAGAGUUUCAUACGGAAAGGAGGUCUUGAGGAUCACAUAAGAUGUCACAAUGGAGAGAAGCCUUUCACUUGCCUUCAGUGUGGAAAGAGUUUCGUAAGGAAAGAAGGACUUGAGGAUCACAUUAGAUGUCACACUGGAGAGGAGCCUUACACUUGUCAUCAAUGUGGAAAAAGUUUCAUUUAUAGAGGAAACUUUUAUGUUCACAUGAGAAGUCACACUGGAGAAAUGCCAUUCACAUGCUUGCAAUGUGGGAAGAGUUUUGUGUGUAAAGGAAAACUUGAUGUUCACAUGAGAAUUCACACUGGAGAGAAGCCUUACACUUGCCAUCAAUGUGGAAAGAGUUUUAGUCGGUCAUUCAACCUAAAGCGGCAUGAGAGUGUGCAUACUGGAGAGAAGCCAUACUACUGCACUUCAUGUGGGAAAAGUUUCAGACAACUAAGAUCUUUAAGAAAACAUAGAAAAGCCCAGAAUUGUUGUAGCGAACAAACUGCAGACUUGAUGGAAAUAAAAAAAGAAAGUCAAGAACCAAUAGAAGUGAAAGAGGAAAGUCAAGAACUGAAUGAAGUGAAGGAGGAACACCAGAAUCAGAAUCCUCAUUUCAUAACUGAAGAAAAAUCUUUUAGUAGCUCACAGACUGAGAAGAAUUCCUCACAAACCAAAACUCAAGCCAAAAAUCCUUUCACAUGCCAUCAGUGUGGAAAUAGUUUUACACGAAAAGGAAGUCUUAAGAGACACAUAAGAAUUCACACCGGAGAGAAACAUUUCAUGUGCCCUCAGUGUGGAAAGAGUUUCAUACGGAAAGGAGGUCUUGAGGAUCACAUAAGAUGUCACACUGGAGAGGAGCCUUUCACUUGUCAUCAAUGUGGAAAAAGUUUCAUUUAUAGAGGAAACUUUUAUGUUCACAUGAGAAGUCACACUGGAGAAAUGCCAUUCACAUGCUUGCAAUGUGGGAAGAGUUUUUUGUGUAAAGGACAACUUGAUGUUCACAUGAGAAUUCACACUGGAGAGAAGCCUUACACUUGCCAUCAAUGUGGAAAGAGUUUUAGUCGGUCAUUCAACCUAAAGCGGCAUGAGAGUGUGCAUACUGGAGAGAAGCCAUACUACUGCACUUCAUGUGGGAAAAGUUUCAGACAACUAAGAUCUUUAAGAAAACAUAGAAAAGCCCAGAAUUGUUGUAGCGAACAAACUGCAGGUAAUGGUAUGUUGUUGGUAUGAAAUUUAGAGUAACUCGAGGGAUAGAAAGGCUCAGACACUUUUGCCUAUGAAUGAAAAAUUAUUUUUACCUUGGAUGAAUUAAAUUGAUAAAAAAUACUAGGAACAACAUUAGUAAUGUUAAAAUGUAUUAUUACUGGUUAAAAUUAUUGUUUAAUGUUUAUAUACAUUGUAUAAAUAUAUUUUCACCCUUGAUAGCAAA